UGAUGAAAUAUAGAGAUCAGAAUCCUGCUUUGUCAUACUGUGUCCUUGAGCAAAGCACCAAACUCCAGGUGUUUCCACAAAACCAUCCCUGCAAUUAGUGUUUGUGAGUCACUUUACAUUUAGAUCAUCUGGCUACAAUUUGACAUCUAAAUAAAUACGAGGGAUGGAUAGACUAAGAGCAGCGAUCUAACUGACACAUGCAUACUCCUAGUUCUUAGAUGCCUUGAUACUUGUGUUUAACAUGCAAAUCGAAUGACAUGCACGUGUCCUAACAUUCAGUGUCACAGGAUCAUUGGAGACAGUGCCAUCGGUCUUCCUUGUAUAUAGUCCAACAGGCGACACAAAGAGAGAAAGACAAGAUGGCUCCCAGAUAUGUCUGUGCACUGAUCAUCUUCACAGGGGUGAUCAUUGUAACUGGACUGCUGGCAUCUUGGAUGAUGGGGUUUGAACGAACUGAGAUUAAAAAAAAGUCUUCCAUAAAUCCAUUCAAAAUCAGCACAGAUGCAGCUCAAACAGAGACGACGACAUUAGCGGAUGCAUUAGCUGUGACUGAAGGUGUGUCCAACACGCCGAAGGCACAAGUAAUCACAGACUUUCUAGGAACUGCCCCAGUGAAAAAGAUGUCUGGAACAUCAAGAGCAUCAUCUGCCGUUGCUUUAGCUGAACUCUCUCGGCAAACAACAGCUGAGACAGCAGCAGUGAGUGCAGCUGGGUCAGUGGAAACUACAGCUGGGAGAACAGUCACCUUGUCUGAGACUAUAGAGAAAGUUACGCCAUCCGUUUUACCUGUAACAAAAAAGGCAGAAACUCUAGAAACAGCUAAAUCAACUCUAGGUGAAUCAGUCACCGCACAUACACAAAUAAAAGAAAGUACCUAUGUGGAAUCAUCAACAAAUACAGCUCAAAACACACCCAAACCUGAGAGUUUAAGUGUUAGUGAUAUUAAACAAACACAUAAAAGUGAAACAGAACCAACAGAAGUAGGCAUCACAGUACCAAAACAAGAAUCAGGGACAACCAGUUUUGCUCAUACUACAACUGCAGCUAAUAUCAUGAGUGCAUCUCCAAUACCAGAACCAAAGACAGACGGAGCAACACAUUUCAUUACCAGUCAAUUGAAACCUUCAGAAAUUACAUCUGAAAAUAAAGCAACAACAGAAUCUAGACCAGCUGCUACAUUCAUAACAGCAGCAUUUAUAACUGAAACAAAAGUAGAUUUAACUGAAGGAAAACCGGCACCAAGCACAUUCAUAAAAAUGCUAAAAACAGCAGGAACAGAGCAAUCUAAAGCUGAAACAAGUGAAACAACCACAGUCAGACCACAAGAAUCUACUCAAGCUAUAAAAACUUCAAAUGGUCCAACAAAAAUAAAUCGGGCUACUGGUAUAAAGUUUAUAACUGCCAUUGGAACCAAAGGAAAAACAGUGGGAAAACGAUUAAGUACAGCAGGUAGAGGCAUUACAAAAAAAGGCAGACAUGGCCAGGAGAAGACACCCCUGUCCCAUGAUAAAACUUUGUAUUCUGCCAUCACUAUGGGUUGCAUCCUAGUGAUAUGUGCCCUGCUAGCACUUAUUGUGUUUAUAAAGGAUUUUAUCGGGUGCUAAGAUACUUAGCCUAUAAAAAUGUUGGUUAAUCGUGAAUAAAAAUCAUUUGUUUUGGAAUGUAAAUAAACAACUGAUUGAAUAAAUAACUAAUUCAUUAAAAAGGAUUCAAAAUAUGAUUGUUGAUUUUUUUUUUUUUUUUCCCCAGCAUAAGGUCUUAAAAGGGCAGGACAUCCAAAAAAUGACAAUUCUGUCAUUAUUUACUCACCCUCAUUUCAUU